CAUUGGUGGAUUCACCAUGGCCAACUUCGAUCAAGUAUCGUAUGAAUAGUACGCAGUCUCAUAGAUCUUGUAACAAGGAAAUUAAAAAGAAUAUGGCCGUGUUUUGGUGACGGUGGUCUGUUUUCAAGUGAAAAUGUAUGAAUAACGGUUACAGUUGUGGGUUUAAUGAUAGGUAGAAUGCCGUAACUGGAGUAUUUUCCUCUUCUAGCGUAUAGUUGGUGAUAUAUUUGUAUACAUGGCUCAUGAAGAUAGAAACGUUAUCUGUUAAUGACGUUUUCGUUUGGAAAGUGCUUUUUAUAUGUAAAUACGUAAAUAUAUACAAAUGGACAGUACUGUGUAACAUUGCCUCUAAAGAAGUUGAGGUUAAGACAUGUUUGAACUGUGAACGGUAUUACUGAAGUGACAGGAUGAGUUCGCCAGCCAUACCUGUGCCUCCGUCAGGUUCCAGGAACUCUCCAUAUGAAUCUCUGUCUCACAGCCAUCCCAGUGAUUCAGGGAACAAGCCUGUGCUCUCACCUAUCACAGCAAACAGAAACCCAGAUGACAAGAAAUCGAGGCGGACAAGUCUCCAAGUUCUGCUACCAAAACUUCCUUCCAGUGAAUCUCUUAACUAUAGUCCAAGCUCUCCAGGUGUUAUGAAUUGGCUUGAUAAUAGUGCAAAAGCUGACCAUCCUUCGCCAGAUAAGCUCCACACACCGGACACAGAUAAACUGACAAGAAAGGAGUCAUACAAAGCACAACGAAAGAAUUACUGCCGUGAAAAAAAGAGGGUUGCAAAUGAACUGCUAAGCUCACUUAAAGAUCCAUCUGUAAUUGUAUUGGCUGACUGGUUGAAGGUCAGAGGAACCCUCAAGAGCUGGACAAAGCUUUGGUGUAUUCUGAAACCUGGGCUGCUGCUUCUGUACAAAAGCCCCAAAGCCAAGAGUAACCACUGGGUUGGAACAGUUCUUCUGAAUACUUGCCAAGUCAUUGAAAGGCCAUCAAAAAAAGAUGGCUUCUGUUUUAAGCUUUUUCAUCCCUUGGAGCAAUCUAUAUGGGCACCAAGAGGACCAGAAAAAGAGACAAUAGGGGCAGUAGUUCAGCCACUACCAACCGCGUACUUGAUCUUCAGAGCACCUUCCCAGGCUGCAGGGAAGUGCUGGAUGGAUGCCCUGGAAUUGUCCCUAAGAUGUUCAUCAUUGCUGGUGCGCUCCAUGAGCUCGAAGUCGUCAGGAGUUCAGGAUAGCACAGCUAAUCAUGAGACCCAGUGGAGUGAGGCUGAUUAUGAAAGACACUUCACAGACCAUGAUUUGGAUGACAUCAGUCAGCCAGAUGUUGGAGGAGCUGUGGACCAUCUCAGUGGAGCUGAGCAGGGGUCCAUGUCUGAGUCAGAGUCUGAAGGCUCUGUCAAAAAGGAGGGGCUGCACGAGGUGGAAGGAGAGCCGCUUGAAACUCCCUACAUACAUCAUGGUGAAGUGGAGGAGUUUGGCAGUGCUGGAGAGCAGGUGGAAGAGCUUGCUGAGGAGCACAAGUCCCUCAUCUGGUACCUUGUGAAGCAGGUGCGGCCAGGCAUGGACCUCUCAAAAGUAGUGCUUCCCACAUUCAUUUUGGAGCCUCGGUCUUUCCUGGAUAAGCUGUCGGACUCAUAUUACCAUGCUGACAUUCUCUCAAAAGCUGUGUUGGAAGAUGAUGCUUUCACCAGAAUGAAAGGGAUUGUGAAGUGGUACCUCUCAGGCUUCUACAAGAAACCAAAGGGUCUGAAGAAGCCAUACAAUCCAAUCCUGGGAGAAACAUUUCGGUGCUACUGGAAGCAUGCGAAUGGUUCUAGGACAUUCUACCUGGCUGAACAGGUCUCACAUCAUCCACCAGUUUCUGCAUUUUAUGUGACAAAUCGACAAGAUGGUUUCUGCAUCAGUGCGUCCAUAUUAGCAAAGUCCAAAUUCUAUGGCAACUCUACUUCAGCAAUUCUAGAUGGUGUGGCUUUGCUUACCCUAUUGCCUCGCGGUGAAGACUACAGUAUAACGAUUCCCUAUGCACAUUGUAAAGGCAUCCUCAUGGGCACUCUUACGAUGGAACUAGGAGGGAAAGUUGUCAUUGACUGUGAGAAAACUGGUUAUAAAACUGAAAUUGAAUUUAAAUUAAAGCCAUUCCUUGGAGGUGCAGAGCAAACUAAUGCAAUAUCCGGUCGACUGAAGUUGGGGAAGGAGACGCUAGCUACUAUAGAAGGUUACUGGGAUGGCAGCAUUUUCAUUAAAGACCGAAGGAUGGGGGAAGAGCAGCUCUUCUGGAAGCCAACCCCAGAAGUUCGCUCCCAAAGACUGAAGCGGUUCACAGUGCCAGUGGAUCAGCAGGGAGAGUUUGAGUCUGAGCAUCUCUGGCAGCAUGUGUCGGCAGCAAUUGCUCGAGAUGACCAGGUGGCAGCAACAGAGGAAAAGACUGCUUUAGAGGAAGCCCAACGUGCGGCAGCCAAGGAACGCAAAAUGAAAUGUCUGGAAUGGAUUCCUAAAUACUUCGAACAGGAUCUUAUUUCGGGUCAGUGGAUGUACAAGCAUGCAGACCUUCGUCCGUGGGAUCCUCGUAAUGAUGUGUGCCAGUAUGAAUAUAACUAUGUAAUUCAGACAAAGACGCGCCACCAGACACCAAUGAUCAGAACUGCAAGCAUAGUGAGUGUGGAUCCACAGACUGUGGUUCCUUUAUUGCAGACAGAGUCCAGAUCUUCCAUUUCUGCACUCAAGUCUUCCAAGCACCAUCUCUCCUCAAAAGUGGCAACAGUGGAGAGGCAAGACAGUGCUAGUUCAUCUCCUGACGGGGAGUUCCACAGUGAUUCCAGCCAGUCAGAGAACGAAUCGCACUCACGUUCACACACUUGCUGUAGGACCAACUCCAGACUGAUUGAAGCUGUGUCUGGUUUGGAAAACACAUUACAAGACCAGGGAGAGAAACUAGGCCGUAUUCAACGAGGUUUGGAACAUCUGGCGAAGGUUCAGAGGGAGAUCAGCGCAGAGAAACAGUCUGCGCCCAGUUUUGGUCUCAGUCAGGAACUGGUGCUCACAGUUGUUAUGGUGGUUGUACUUCAGUCCAUCCUUACCUGGCUGUUUUGUCACAAGUAGGCCUGGUUAAUGGCCGCCCAUUUCCUGUUAUAUGUAGUGCAAUUGUAAGAUAAACCAUAUAUGAGUUGUAAUGUUAAGCUGUAUAACAUUUUGCACGACCGGCAGCACACUGUAUUUGCAUGCAGCUCUUUCCUAGUACCUUCAUAUCAGAAUGGAUGCUGUGCAGAACACAUGUAAGUCACUGUUUUUAUCAUAUCAUCACAUUAAAGAAUUUACAGUAUUUUGACUGAACCAACUUUUAUAUGAUAUAAAAUUUGUAAGUGAAAACAUGUUACACAGAAAAUGAAUCAUAGUAGGGCCUGAGUUAAGGUUAAUAUGUACAGAGAGUAUAUAUGCAGUCAGCGUUUGGUGCAUAGAUGCCUGGUGGACUUACAAUGCAUGUAAUUACAUACCAUCUCUUCAUAUAAUCUUUGUGGUAUUUGAAACAGACUCCUUUUCUUAAUCAAGAGUUUCCUUCAUUCGUUAUAUCUUCAGCCAAUGGUGGUAAUUCACAUGUCUCACCCCUCCCCAUAAGAAUGUUGCAUAUUUAUUGCUAUCUUUUUUCUUCAUAAAUGAAAGUGAAAACUGUAAAGAAAGUAAAAUUCUAUAUUUCUCAUGUGUGGCAAGAACUUUGAUUGUAGGUUUCCUGUGCAUCAAUAGACCAUACAUUCUUGUACUGGCUCCAAUUUACUUGAUUCUGCUUGUGUAUAUCAGAUUUAUCCAGUCUGAAUAACUUAACAGAGUCCCUAUAAAGAGACCAUGCUUUGUUUGGAAAAGUAUACAUUGUUCACGUUGAUUUCCUCGAGGGUAAAUUCGCACCCACCUCAGCAACUGCAGUACAAGACCAUCACAAAUAAGUGCUAGAGUUAUGAAUGAUGAUGUGAGUAGCAUGUAAGCUGUAUGAUUUUCACUUCUCUUUCUCUACUGUGACAACUAUUUGUGUUUACCAGUUUUAACAAAUAGUUCAGAAAAUUAAUUAUUUCUCUAUUCUGGCAGAACAAAAGUGUUCAAGCCACCUAGUAUUCUUUAUUUUUACUAACUUACAUAGGAUCACUGCUGUGAAAACAGCACGUGUUGAACUAUGAACAUGUAAAUCUGACCCAACUUCACUUAACCUCACUUUUGUCUGUUCACAUGUAGAAUUUUCGUGCUUCUACAUAAAACAAUAUGUUCUGUUCAUAAGAUUUGAGGUUUCAACAGUGGUGGCUCUACAGAUUGUGGUGUUCCAGAUUGUGACACCAUAUUAGGUAGAUUUUAGUGUAUUGUAGGAAGACACUGCAUCUGUCUUCCGGGUGGUCCUAAAAAUAGACAUUCUGUAUAUGAUUCCUGUUGGUUCAUAUCUGGCCCCAUCUGGGGUCUGAGUGACCCACCAGUACCACUUCACUCAGGAUGGAGGCAGUGUUUUUCUCAAAACUGUAGGUACGCACCAACAAAGCUGCAUGGGGUGAGAGCCACAGUGAGCACUUCAGUUAUUAUUUUAAGGAAUUCUACUUGGUCACAUCAGUUCCUUUGUUCUAAUGUCUCUGCAGCAUGUAGCUUGCAUAUUACAUCUUAUUCUGUCAGCUUCAUUUCUGUUCGUGUACAGAUUGAUGAACUAAAAGUUUCCAGUCACUUCCCCCUUUCAACUAUCUUUCCUUUUCAGUUUAUGGCUUGGUUUUAUCUUGUCUUAUUGAUGUUUUCUAAUACCUGCAUGAAUCGACUUGGUCUGGAUCAUCCCAUAUGUCUUUUUGCUUUAAACUAGUGCAUGUCUACUGCCAUUAAAUAAGCAUGAAGAUUGGACCAACAGUCCAGAUCUGUUUCAGUCCCUUCACUACACAGAAAGGUAUGGGACUGUUCUACCAGAUGAACAGAGGUCUAUAACAGUGAUUUUUUGUUUCAGGAAAUCUGAGGUAGAAAAUAUGUGUAAAAAGUAAUGUUGUAGGUACAGGUUUAAUUUUAACAUAAGAACAUAUGUUGUAUUCAUCCAUGCAGGAUAAAUAUUGCCCCCUAACUGUGGCAGGCAGACAGGAUAUUGGCAAACAUGUAUUUGUCUUAAAUAUCAGAAAAAAUAUAAAUUGUGGCAAUCUGCAUAAUUUAUCCAUUUGUGUUUUUGCAUAUACUUGG